AUGAUGCCUUGGAGCCCGCGGUUGAGUCAAGGCUACUUCCUGCUCACCAUGAAGACGGGCCCAGGAUUGUCGAAGAUACGUCGAGUGGAGGCCACCAGCACCCGUCCACCGUUUGCAGGGGCCAGAAUUUGGCACGCUAAGCGAAGCACAUCGAAAGAUGUUGGGCACUUCAAUGUGCUGGAAUACCUUUUUGCUGGAGAAUCGGCUUUGCCUCCUUCGGCCUUAACUGGCAGCUCAGUUUCCGUCGCUCAGUCGCGCAGGGGGCACAGCUGGCAGUUCCUCCGAGUCGAUGCCCGAGGACGCUGCCGCCGAGAUGUCGGGACGAGAGCUGGGACUUGUCCUGCUGCAGAAGUUGAUGUUCCCUAG